CUGUUCUGAGUGAUGCAGUCUGUAUCGAACGAUCGUUGGAACCGCACGUCUGUUUCGUUUCAAAAAAGCUUCACGAGUCCGAGCUUUGUAGAAAUUUUUAAUUAUGUGUUUAUUGUUUGAUCAUAAAUAGAAUUCACGGGAAUCUGUUCAUCUGGAAAUUGUGAAUUUGUGAUUGUAAAUUAGUUUGUUUAUCCUGUAGCGGAAUAGUGUUUGUAAACGGAUUCAGUAGUGUCGGCAUAGUUUAUUUAACUAAGUUCGUGACAGUGCUUGCCAUCUAUCUACGGAAUGUUUCUGGAGUAUUGAGAUCUUAAUAAAUAUAAAGGAGCGGCUUGGCGCGGCGUAACCGGCGGGCCGCGCCAUGGGUAACAAGUGCUGCAGCCGCCGUCAUGACCCAGAUAGGCCUUUGGUAUAUCCGGCGUAUAAGAACGAGGCGGGGUUCACGGCGUGCCCGUCGUCGCUGGAGACGCGCUACACAGGAGAACCCAACACACGAGUGCUGUCGCGACCUCCUGCGGACAUCGUGCGUACACGCAACCCUGGGAAAUGUAUAACAAACGGCGGUCGGCGCGUAGUGAAAGCGCUAUGCGCGUACACAGCACGGGCGGACUCAGACAUCUCAUUCCGCAAGGGCGACCGCAUGGAAGUCCUGAGCGACGCAGAGCCUGAUUGGUGGAGAGUCCUGCACCUCACCACGAGGAGAGAAGGACUCGUGCCUGUCAACUUCGUCGCUGAAGAAAGUUCCGUUGAAUGCGAAGAGCCGACGUCAUGUUGCAGCUGGUUCUUUCCUCACGUGUCCCGCAAAGAGGCCGACAAACUCCUCCUUGCUGAGACCAACCCUCGAGGGACCUUCCUCGUGAGGCCAGCAGAACACAACCCUCACGGCUUCAGCCUCAGUGUCAAGGACUGGGAGGAGGGCAGAGGGUACCAUGUCAAACACUACAAGAUCAAGCCUUUGGAUAACGGAGGGUUCUACAUCGCCACCAAUCAAACGUUCCCGAGUCUGCCUGCGCUUGUCAUGUCUUAUACGAAGAACGCGUUAGGUUUGUGCCACGUGCUUGCGCGGCCAUGUCCGAAACCUGAGCCCCAAAUGUGGGAUCUCGGGCCUGAGUUACGGGACAAAUGGGAGAUACCUCGGUCCGAGAUACAACUCAUCAGGAAACUGGGACAGGGCAACUUCGGUGAAGUCUAUUAUGGAAAGUGGCGUAAUAAUAUUGAGGUUGCUGUGAAAACACUAAGAGAAGGCACGAUGUCGACACAAGCCUUCCUACAAGAGGCAGCCAUCAUGAAGAAGUUCCGACACAAGCGGUUGGUGGCGCUGUACGCAGUUUGUUCAACCCAAGAGCCAGUCUACAUAGUGCAAGAAUACAUGAGCAAAGGUUCCCUCCUAGAGUUCCUCAGAAACGGUGAGGGCAAGUUCCUCCAGUUUGAGGACCUCGUGUAUGUCGCCGCGCAAGUCGCGUCCGGCAUGGAGUACUUAGAAUCCAAAAUGUUGAUACACAGAGACUUAGCCGCUAGAAACGUGUUAAUAGGUGAAAAUAACGUAGCCAAAAUAUGUGACUUUGGACUCGCGAGGGUGAUCGAAGACAAUGAAUACUGUCCCAAGCAAGGAUCCCGGUUCCCAGUGAAGUGGACGGCUCCAGAGGCCAUUAUCUAUGGAAGAUUCUCCAUCAAGAGCGACGUCUGGUCGUACGGAAUACUACUGAUGGAACUAUUCACAUAUGGCCAGAUACCUUACCCCGGUCUACACGGCAAGGAUGUGAUCGAGCAAGUGGAGCGAGGCUACAGAAUGCCCAAACCCGUCGGCCACUACCUCCCCGACGAUAUCUAUAGACUGAUGCUACAAUGCUGGGACGCUAUCCCCGAGAAACGGCCCACCUUCGAAUUCCUAAACCACUAUUUCGAAUCAUUCACAGUGACCAGUGAGAUACCGUACAGAGAAGUGCAAGACUAGUGCUGUGAUAUAGUGAAAUAGUUUGUAUGUGCCGCGUGAGAGACAUGUGUAGGGUCCUCUUAGCAAAUGUCGGAGUUAUACUGUCUGUGGCCGUCCCGCCGGGACCGACCACACACACCUAUAAGUCCACUUUUAGUAUUUUUAUACUCAAAUCAUUAUUGAACUAAAACAAUACAGGAACGUGUGAGCUUCUUUUUUAUUGGUCGACGGCUUUUCUCUUCUGUUUUGUAAAUCAAAAUUGAUAUCGAAAUACUUAGCCUAAGUCAAUACGAAAACACAGAAACUGACGUACGUUUAAGUCCACUAAAAUAACUUAAGUAUUUAUAGUAUUGAUCAAGUUUCACUUUCUAUUAUUUAUGUAGCUUAUAAGCACUGGUAGUGUUGUUUUGCAUUUUGUACAAAUUGAAUUGUUCACUACGGCAUAAGCAAUAAGGUUGAAAACACAAUAUUUUCAUAUUCUAAAAUGAUAUGUGAUAUUUUUUUAUCACCUUAAGGCCCGACACUGGAGUACGAAUAAGAUCUCAACGUCCUACGCUUCACUCGUGCUUUGUUACUCCAUGUUAUUGUUAAAGUUCACGCACAAUCGAAAUUAUGUCUUAUUUGCGUACAAAAUAUUUGCCGUUGUAAUGACAGAAAACCGAACUAAAGUACUUCAAGGCUCCUUUGCAAUUAUCAUGUAAAUGUUAGAGGAAGUUAUUGUAGAAACCUUUAGUUGUCAUUAGCUCCCUGAAUCAAAAUUUACUACUGGGUAAGACUGGGUAGAUGGAAACACAGGACAACCGAAUAAGAACUCUAAUAAGUUACACAUAAUAACUCUUGUCGUAAAAGUAAAAUCGAUUUUGAAGUCGCUCCUGUGUUUCUAUCCACCAAACUACCAGUUGGUACAAAAUUGUGAUAAAACUGUGCUCAAUGAUCCCGUACAACACUUGCAAAGGGGCCAACUAUCCUCAUGUAAAAAGACAAUUAAUGCUAGCUAUAGGACCAUAUACCAAAGAGAUAAUUGUACAUUAAGAGCGAAUGAUAGAUGUAGAGAGAAGCGUAUUUAAUUUAUAGCGUAGUUAGACCUUGUGACCUGUAUAAUAUUAAUUAAUUAAUUUGACCAAUUAUCCCCCAUUUUUGACGCAUGUAUUAUAUCAUAUUAAUUGUUAAUAUAAUUGGAUUCUAAUCGACUGAUCAUCGAUCCGUUGUUUAUUAUUGUAAUUACAAAAUUUAACCUCAAAUUUUAUUAUUUUCUUCGCCUAAAAGUAUUAAAAUGCUUUAACCACUUAAUCGUUUCGUCUUAGAACAUGUAAAAUGUAAAAAGCCAAUGAAAAAUAGUGUCUUAAAUAACAUUCCAAAUAUUCAAACACGUUAAAUUUGGACACUUUUGUAUGAAAACGUUUAGAUUUGUAAGAUUUUGUACAUACAAUGAAAAUAAAUGUCAUUGAUAUAAA